AAAAAAAAUCUAUAUCCAUGCUUGGGAAGCAUGACUGGCGAAGCUGAGCCGACCUCUGAAGGCGGAAGCAAGUGCAAAGUAUCAUGGGGUUUUGAUACGAGUGGAAGAAUCCCAGGUCGAUAUUGACUGUGACCGCUGAUUAUGGAGGAAACUACAAAAAUCCAUUGUUGAAUUUAUUAAUUAAAUUAUAAAUUAGAGCCCUAUAUAAACACAUCUCCUGUUAUCUGUCUAUCACCUGGCCUCGUCUCGUUCUCUGUUUCUGCGCCUUUCUUGAGUGUAAUUGCAAACUAUCUGGGAAACAAACACCUUUUUUUCCUUUUAAAAAAAUAUUCUGCAAAAAUAUCAGGCACUUUCUAUUCUGGAAAAAUAAUAUCUUUCUUUAUAUCGAUAAAUCGGCCGUAUACUUCUUUCUGGAUUAUUGGUAUUUUGCUAGAACUUGCUCUGACUCAUUGCCAUUAAAAUAAACUGAACUCACUCUGAUUCGGUUAGUGCUCUUACCGUUCAAUCCCUUUGCUUGCUUCGCUGAUUUUGAUCCAUUUUGCUUUCUGGGUAUUGUUGGUUUUCCCUUUUUAUUAUCUCAUUAUAGUUGUUUUGAUAAUUUGAUUUAUGGUUUGGAUAAGGCGGUUGCUUUUAUGUGAUAUCAUAUUUUGGCCGUUUUAGUUGUUGGACUGAGGUUUUAGCGUUAUUUCGUGGGGUUUCAAUGAUUUUCUGAUCAGGGUGUUUUCUGUGUUUUGAUUUCGCCUUGCCUUCUGUUUUUGGCUUUAAUCACACAUGGUGGGUGUUUUGGAUCAAAAUUCUUCUUAUUUUUGUCAGCAGGCAGACAGUUCAUUUUUUUAUUUUUUUUCCUGAGACCUAAAUCAUCAGGUUUGUAUUUUUAAUUUACGUGAGGUGACGAAGUUGAAGUAGCGCUUCUUUUUCCUCCUCUGAGUCACCUGUUUUAAGACGAGUGUUGGAAUAUCUAAUGCUAAAUAUGGCAGAAAUGCGAUGUAAUUUUGUAAUUUGUGGUUGGGAUGUUGAUAAUGAUGUUUUAGUUUUAGCAAUCAAAUGACAAGGUCUGAAUAGAGUUCCAUGUUCUUGUAGCAGACGAUUCAUAAGUAACUUUGUUUUAUAUGAGAGAGGCAAUUUGGAAAUGUUUUUAUUGUUAUGGAAUUGCUACUUCUGUGUCCAUACAUUGAGGAAGAUAGAUGAAUACUGUAGUGUAAAGGGGGUAAAAAAAGGAAAAGAAAACAAAGCGUAGAAUCAAGCCGACCACUAUUUAAUUAUCUAGAUCCCUUAAGGCCCUAACAUCAGCAAGGCCUAGAUCAUCAUUGCACUGCUCAUGAAUACUGGAGUAGUUGACAAGAUUUGCUUCAAUGGAUGGUUUAAGAAUCUAUAUUGGAUCAUUCUGUUUUGUUAUUCAUAGAAUAGAGAUGGGCCCAUUAUGUUUCAUGAUUUGUAUGAUUAUUAAUCUUUCCAAUUUGAAUGACCAGCCUGGAUAAAAUAUUUAAUUAUUUCAACUGGAUAUUCUUGUACUCCAAUUACUUUUUGCUAUUUAUUGCUCUUAGGGACUUAUGUUUUUGUUAAGUAUAUUGUUUUGAUAUAAACCAUCUUUUUUUUUUUUUUAUAGUUCUUUCUUUUUUUAAAUUCUUAAUGUUAUUUACGUUCUUUAGUUAUGCAUUGCUUUUGUAUGUUCAUUUUUAUUUUCUGGGUUAAAUUUCAUCAAUUCAUUCAACCAACGUCUACCCACUUCUUCUUAAAUGUUGUUGUGCUCUCUCUUAUUGACUCUAGUUAUUUUGCUUCAUUUUCUUUUCUUUCAAGCAUAGGGAGUUAGCGUAUUCUUCUGAUGGCUCAAGAUAAUUCUAGUGCUGAAUUACAGAAGAAAAGGCAUGGCCUGUUGAAAGACCAAGUGAGAUUGUCUAAGAGAAAGGACUGUGGUCGCUAUGAGAUUGUUCCAAUUCAACAGACAUAUACAUUUGAGAAAGGAUUCUUUUUAUUUAUUCGUGCGUGCCAAUUGUUAGCCCAAAACAAUGAUGGAAUAAUACUGGUAGGCUUAGCAGGUCCUUCAGGGGCAGGGAAGACUGUUUUCACAGAGAAGGUACUCAACUUCAUGCCCAGUGUCGCUGUCAUUUCAAUGGACAACUACAAUGAUUCUAGCCGAAUUAUUGACGGCAAUUUUGAUGAUCCACGCUUGACAGAUUAUGACACGCUUCUCAAAAAUAUCCAUGAUUUAAAGGCAGGAAAAUCAGCUGAGACUCCAAUCUAUGAUUUCAAGUCUAGUUCUCGUGUUGGAUACAGGAUGGUUGAAGUCCCAACUUCUCGCAUAGUGAUUAUUGAAGGAAUUUAUGCCUUGAGCACAAAGCUGCGACCUAUGCUAGACCUUCAAGUAUCAGUGACUGGGGGAGUUCAUUUUGAUCUGGUAAAACGGGUCCUACGUGACAUCCAACGAGCUGGCCAAGCGCCAGAGGAAAUUAUCCAGCAGAUAUCUGAGACGGUGUAUCCAAUGUACAAAGCUUUUAUUGAGCCAGAUCUCCAAACAGCACAUAUAAAAAUUAUAAACAAAUUCAACCCAUUCUCUGGUUUCCAGAAUCCUACUUAUGUAUUGAAGUCAGCGAAGAAGGUGAUGGUGGAUCAGAUCAAGGCUGUUCUCUCUGAGGAACAUACAGAGAUGACAGAGCAGACUUAUGAUAUUUUUCUUUUACCACCUGGUGAAGAUCCUGAAUCUUGUCAGUCAUAUCUGAGAAUGAGGAAUAAAGAUGGAAAGUAUAAUCUUAUGUUUGAGGAAUGGGUAACAGAUGCUCCUUUUGUUAUAUCACCAAGGAUCUCUUUUGAAGUGAGUGUGCGACUUCUUGGUGGGCUAAUGGCCUUGGGGUAUACAAUAGCAACUAUCCUUAAAAGAAGCAGCCACGUGUUCCUUAAUGACAAUGUUUGCGUUAAAAUUGAUUGGCUUGAACAACUAAACCGUCAAUAUGUUCAGGUGCAAGGAAAAGAUCGCUUGGUUGUGAGAUAUGUCGCAGAGCAGCUAGGUUUGGAAGGCUCAUAUGUUCCGCGUACCUAUAUAGAACAGAUUCAACUGGAAAAGCUUGUAGAUGAUGUUAUGGCUUUACCAGAUGAUUUGAAGACAAAGCUCAGCCUAGAUGAGGAUUUGGUUUCAAGCCCCAAAGAAGCACUUCUGCGAGCCUCUGCCGAUAGGGUUGCUAUGAGAAACAAGAAUCUCAAAAGUGGUAUGUCACAUUCAUAUUCAAACCAAAGGGAGAGCAACUUUUCCAAACUUGCUGUACUCGCUGCAAGUAACGGAGGCUAUACUGAGAGAAACACAGUGUCAAUGGCAGUGCUAGCAAAUCAGGGCAUCCUCACUCAACUUUCGGAACAGAUAUCCUCUCUGAACGAUAGAAUGGAUGAGUUUGCAGCCCGUAUUGAAGAUCUAAAUUCCAAAUUAAACAUCACCAGCAGUUCUUCCAGCCAACAAAACUUGGUUCUCCAAGCUGAUGCAUGUAAUGGCUCUGCUCCCACGUCUCACUUCCUCUCUGGUUUAAGCAAUGGUUCCUUGACCGGAUGCAAGUUGCGUAAUUCCUCAUCUUUCUCUCAGUUGGCCAAGGAGUCACCAUUAAUGGAAGAGCAGGUAUCUGGCAUUGCUCGGGGGCAACGACAGGUUAUGCAUCAGUUAGAUACUUUAAGUAAUAUACUUCGUGAGAGCUUAGGACAGAGAUCUCAGCAAGUAAGAACAAACAGAAGAAGAAGUAUGAUUGCUGAUCUCGAAAUUACAAAACUUGCUCUUAUUUUGUCAGUUGGUGUUAUAGGAUUCAGUACGUUAAGAAGGAUUUUCUAGUGCAGAACUGUUCCAGAAGAUUCACAUUUUUGUUCUUGUCUUCAGAAUUUUGUUUCAUAUUUUUCUCUAGGGUCCCAGUGAUGCUCCCCUUCUGCUCGGCUAACAAAAAAUGAACUGAUCACUCAGAGAAUCUUGUCUGGAGGUGUUUGAGCCUUGGAGGCAACCAAGUGCUUUCGAGUUUCAAGUUUGUGUCGUUUUGUAAGAAGGGUAUCUUUUCUUUUCUUUUCUUUUCUUUUCUUUUCUUGUUGGGAUGCUUCUUAAUAGUCCUAUGAUCAGAAGUAGCAUUUACAUUUAAUUUCUAGGGUCCGUCAGGUAAUCAAUACAUCAUUUAUCCUUUCAAAUAUAUAUACAAAUUUUAAUGCACAAGAAUUCAUUUCGCCUGAGCA